ACGAUAAAUUAAAUGUUUUGGACAUUUGAGCUGGCGUUGGCGACUGGCGGCUGCCGAAAGUCUCUCUUUUUCUCCAUCUCCACCUGCACCAGCAGCUGGCUCGUUUCUCCUUUGCAACUACAGGCAGAACCCAGGAACUGGGUUGUGGGUGUUGAAUUGUUUGCUGGAAAAUGCAUCCUCCUUUGACAUUACAUAGGCAUCCAAUGUGUGCUGAAAUAAUUGAGCAAUUCCAACAGUGUCAUUUGGACCAUCCCUAUGGAAAAUUCUUUGGAAAAUGUACAGACCUCAAAAUAAAGCUUGAUCGAUGUUUUCGAGAGGAAAAAGCUGUGAAGCGGAAGGCAAACUUUGAACAGAGUAAAAAACUUAAAGAAAGGCUUCAGACAAUAAGGAAGGAAGCUGCUGAGAGAAUGCCCUAAGUAAAAGAAUUCUAAUCAAGCUUAACAACAAAGUGGGAAGUUAUCUCUGAAACUCUCAUGGAUUCUGAAUUGAGAUAAUAGAAAUCUAUUUUGUAGCUUAUAAAACAUUGAGCGGCCCAUACUGCACAUUGCCACAAAGUGAGAGAUAAUCUGAAUUAUGUAGUUUAUUGCAUAUUUUGGUAUUAUUUAGUUAAUUUUUUCCGUGGGUGCAAAAAUAAAUUGAUUCGCCCUGUAGGAAGAUCAUGAGCUUUGAUAUAUCUGUUUGUGCUAUUGCAAGGAGACAUUAGUUAUGGCAAUUCAGGUUAUAAAUUUGAUUUGCCAUGGUUCCA